UAAAAGCUUCACUCUGCACUGCGGGGUUCAUGGCAUAUUUCGCCCAAGAACUUUCACUUGAGUUGGGCAAACCUGGCUUAGCCCCAGGCACAUGCACUGGAUCGAGCUGAGGCAGAAGAGUAAAUUGGAGCAGAAGAUUGUCUUUGUAGUCCCACCUUCAUUACUUCACUACCUCUGACCUCACGGGUAACAUGAUGGGCAUGAAAAAAACAGUUGCAUCCCUAACCCCUUAUUAGGGCUGCCGUUGCCGCCUCCAGUACCAAAAGAAAUGCUAGUUGUGCUCCUGUUGACGGGUGUUCUGCUCUUGUUAUUAAACAGACUCAUAAAGGAAGUAUUUCUGCCACGGACACACCCUAGUCUAGUGUGGACUGUGCAUGUCUAAUGAAGUCUUUCAUCAAGCAGAGGGCACUCCCUCUCACACCUUGUUGAACUGGCAGCUAUGGAAACGGCAGAGCUCUCAUCUCAGAAGACAGCCUGGUGCACUCAGACGGAAAAAGUUGGGUCAUUCGCCUUCAGAGGCCCCCAAAAGUGCCCUUCCAUCCUCUGUCAGGGAGCUUUCCCAGACAAGCAGCCUGGUGUCUGCGGACCAGGAGAGAUGAGCUCGGGGACCGUGGCAGUGGCGCCCCUUGCUAAGAACGUGGUGGUCUUUCGCAAUGGGGACCCCUUUUUUCUCGGACGGAAAUUUGUGGUGAGCCAGCGCCGGUUCCUGACCUUUGAGGCCUUUCUGAAUGAGGUGACCAGCACCAUCCAAGCCCCAGUGGCCGUUAGGAGCAUAUACACGCCCCGACAGGGUCAUCGCAUCACGGAGCUAAGCGAAUUGCAGAACGGUUGCCAGUACGUGGCUGCAGGAUUUGAACGGUUCAAAAGGCUCGACUAUGUAAACCCUGGAAUGAAGCAGCUGAACAAGCACCAGAAAAAGAACGGAGUGCGGAACUAUCCAGGUAUUCCUCAGAAGGCAACGGUUGCAGCAGGAUGGAGGCGGCAAACAAACCUUCCCUGUGUUAUCCACGUUUUCCGCAACGGCGACUUGCUGAGCCCCCCCUUCCGAAUGAUCCUAAGCAGAAGCACCCUGCAGGAAUGGAACAUCGUCCUCAACCUCUUGUCAGAAAAGGCAAAUCUGCGCACCGGAGCUGUGAGGAAGCUCUGCACACUGAAUGGCGACCUCAUCUCCAGGGGCGAGGAGCUGGUGAACGGCGACUAUUAUGUGGCCGUGGGGCUGGAGAAAUACAAAGAUUUGCCUUACUUUGAACUGCUGGUACCCCCCAAAAUGGUUCAUCGUCCCUUUCGGAACUUUCCUACUAACAGAAGAAGGAACUACAAUCAGGGGUUUGGUGAGUUCCAGGUGGCUUCCCAAGAUGGAAGCAGCGACUCGGCACUCCUUGAACCAGCACAACAGGGCUUCCAGCUGAAACUUCGGCGGGUGCACUCCACAGGGAUUGUGCCAACAGGAAACAGUCCAAAUGCUUCUGAGUCCAAGCCAAGCAAGAAACUUCCUCACCAAGAUAAAGCAACAUCCAUCUUCCAUGCCAAGCCAAGCCAGGUCGGGCAAGUUAGCCAGAUCUCCGGCGACUAUUCUGCCCAAGAAAAUGGAAGUGUUUAUAAAAUGAAAGGGGCAAGGCAGGAGACGGCAGAUGCGCAGGAAAUAGGAGAAGAUGAAGACACGCAGGUGGAAUUUCCUAUAGACCAGAAAGCUGCAGAGAUUGUGGAAGAGGAAGUUAUACCAAAGACUAAAGGAUGGCCAUCCAAGAAGACUGAGCACGGUGAUAAGCUCUACACAGAGGAGGAAGCGACACAGAAGCUUCAUUUGCAACCAGCUAGGAGCAGCUCUUCUGGAUCUGAGAAAUGACUCUAAUGAAACAGACCCAGCAAGGUUUUUCCUGCUGGGUGGAGUGUCUUGAAUCAAAUGUGUGGUGGUUUUGUGCAAUUUUUGUCUACGGUAUUUCUUCUUACAAUAAAUGUGGAAACUUCAACUCCAGCUCUCUGAUUUGAAAUGCUUAUCUGAGGCAAAAUUCUGGGGAGGGUGUGUGUGUGGUGGGGAGGAAUCAGGCAUGGCGACCAAGGGCUGACCAGUUUAGCACAGAGGCAAACUCAUGGCCAACAAUAUGGCAUCAGGUAAACAAGAUGCUGAGGUUUUAGAUCUUAGAGUGGUAAAGAGUUUGUUAUAUGGGCAAAUUGACAUUAUUCAUAUAUAAAAGGGAGGGAGCAGUAGGGGAACCCAAAGAUGUACUGUACAGAUGUACAGAAGGUCUUUAAAGGAAAAUAUGAACCAGUGAAGAAUAACUAGGUUCACUGGCCACAGAAAGUGAGUUAAGUGGAAGGCUGGAAUGGAAAAUCAACUUUCUGCA